CGCAUUAUAAAUGAAAUGUCUUGAAAAUUUUUUCUAUUGCAUAUUUGUACAGAAUUGUUUAUGCAAUUAUUUAUCCGACUUACGUAAAUCGACCUUUCAACUCUUGAUCUUUCAACGAGAAUUUGCGCGAGGAGUGCUUAAAAAAUCGUGCAUUGUUUUUAGAAUUUUCAUCGAUUCUACGUCGCGGUUUUAUAUACCGAUUCGAGACACGCGGGGAUAUUUGUUAUUCAAGAACUUAUAAUAUCGGCUACGUUUAGCACGAGGUGGGGGGGAACGACCCGGUGUCUUGACUCGUGGCUCGCGUUGGACCGAUGGCACUUGUUUUCUUAAAAUAGUCAUCGAUCGGCAGAAUUUCUGCAUCGCGUCCUCCUUUUAAUAUCGUCGUUCGGAGUUACUCGAGGAACACGUGUUUGGCAAAAUAUAUGGUUUUCCGGACACUCGUGCGGGGGAAAAACUUUCCGAAAGUAUAUAGCAUCGUUCGAAUAAAUAUGUUUUUUGUGGGAUUCAUCAUACACGUUCGUUUGAUUAUAGCUGACUUUUUAAGAUUCAGGUUCCACUUGGCGCUAUGCGUCGAACCUCGACAAUUUUGGAAAUUCAUACUUUAGGUGGCUAUAUCAAAAGAUUUUGAUUGUUGUUGGAGCAGUGACUGCCUGUCGUCUGUUCUUUAACUUCGUGAACCAAUAGCGCCAGCCACCACAACUCCACAAUAAAGAAUAGUCAACGUAGAGAGAAUAGGAGCAUUCUGUAGUGAUCUCGUGCGCAGUCUCGCCUCGUGUGCGAGCCGCAAGACUUCACUUCAGAAAAGCAUCUUCAUUGCAAGAGUUGCAGGCAUCAGUUCUGUAAUAGAGCCAGAGAUAAUCUUGUACUUUAUAUAGUAUACACCUACGUACAAUACCGAGGUGCAUCAAUUUAACGUGUGUAUAACGACUGCUUAUAUACGAAAUCUCGUAUAGUAUUCGUGCCGCAGUUUAGCAGUGGAUAAUAAUCGUCGUCUCUGACGUUAACAAAACAGUGAUCGCACAUCGAGAAGAAGAAUCGUCAACGAUGUCGGAAAAACAUCACCGCGACGAGGACGACGUCUCGGACGAGGAGUUGAGUGUCACGAAAACACAGGGAAAAGAUGGUCAUGAGUCUGACUUCAACACAGCCGACAGUAAUUCAGACACUGAUUCACAGGAUAAAAACCAAAGGGAAAGUGGCGAUGGCCAGGAAGAAGAUAAAUCUCAAAAAAAAUUAGACGAUGAUGAAGAUAGACGUAAUCCACAAUAUAUUCCAAAAAGAGGUACUUUUUAUGAACACGAUAUAAGAACUGGUGAAGAAUCAGGCGAGCAAGAGGAUAAAGAAGCUCCUGUCGAAAGAGAAACUAAAGAGAAAAAAGUAUGGAAAGAAAAAGAAGAUCGUUGGAAUCAUGAUCGAUAUAAUGAUGAAGAGCAAGCCCCAAAAUCUCACGCUGAACUCAUAGCUAUUUAUGGAUAUGAUAUUAGGAAUGAAGAGGGACCUCCCCGAGCCAGAAGGAGACGCCGUUAUGGUCGUGGACCUAAUAAAUAUACCAGAAACUGGGAGGAUGAAGAUGCUUAUGGAAAAGUUGCAGGAACUGUGCCUGUCCAAAAAAUGACCCCUCGUAGAUCAAAGUCUGGUGAAGAGUUUCCAUCUUUGACACCGAAAGACAAUGAUUCAGUAGAAAAUAAGACAGAGCAGCCUGUUAUUACUCAAGCUUGGUAUAGUAAUAAGAACAAAGUUCAGCAACAUAAACCAGCACCACAAAAUUUCCCACCGCUACCUGCCAAUGAAAAUCAAAAAUCAAAAACAAGGCAGUUUACAAAUAGUGAAAACAAAGCUCUCAAUGAACGAAAUCAUGUUGGGAAAAAAGAUAAAAUGCCUGUUUAUGUUAAAGAUUCUAAAGUCAAAUUGCCUGAAGAAACUGAUGCAUCAGUGAAUGCUGUGGUUAGAGAUAAAAAAAGAUUCCCUGAAUCAACUGAAUUGAAUAACUCACCGUUGAACAGAAGCCGUGGUAGAGGAUUCAAAUCCAAUUCCAAUAUGGGUAGAGUAGAAACAAAGUAUAAAAGGCCUGGACCACCAGCUAGUAGUGAUAUGAAACCUAAUACUACUUCUGAUGAUGGGCCAUCAUUUCAUCAAAAUAAUACUAGGCAAACAAAACUUUACUAUUCACAACCAUCUAGUCAACAAAUACCAUCUACAGUUGCGCAACACCCUCAACCUCAUCAACAGCCACCACCUCCUCAGGCCCCUCCUCAGCAACAAAUUUCUCAGUCACAACCAGCACCACAGCAACAAGAUGUUUCUACAAACAGGCCAAAACGUUAUUCAAGUUUGCGUCAAAGGCCAAUUUCUGAGGGUCCUCCUGCUCCAGCAAGCUACCAACCACCUCCUCCACCACCUCACACUUAUUAUCAACCUCCUCAAGCUGGAAGUUCAAGAACAGUAAUAGAUACACCAGUUCCUGCAUAUGCUCCAAAUCCAUAUGAACAACCAGCACCUGUUCAACAAGUGCCACAAGUUCCUCAAGUGAGUCAAGUACCUCCAACAACUGUUGCUAUGGGUGGUCAAGCUGUGAUUCCUAUACCUGGUGCUCAACCACCAGCUUACGGAUCCCAUGCGCCACCACCAUUCUUGGUGCCCCAGCCUCAAUACAUUGCGCCGCAAACAGCUCCUCCAAAUAUCAUUAAUUAUGUAGCUGGUCCAAGUGGUCCAAUAUUUCAACCUAACUACCAAGGCUUCAAUCCUGCGCCAGUUCAGGCUGGACCACCUCCUCAAGAAGUGGGUCUUUACCAACCCCAAGGUUGCACUUACUAUAGCCCGGCUCAACAACAGCAGCAACAACAACAACCAGUUCCAUUAAGGAGGCCAAAAGCUGCUAUUCCAAUCUUACCGCCACCAGAAAAUCAACAACCUCUCAAUGUUCGUUCUCACGCUCGAAUUCCGGAGCAACAGCUUCAAGAUCAUUUGGUUCAACAACAAUUUCAACAACAGCAACAACAGCAACAGCAUCAACAUCAACAACAAAAACAUGAUCAUUUAGUUCAACAACAGUUGCAGCAACAACAACAGCAACAAGAACAAUUAGUCCAGCAGCAACUUCAACAACAUCAGCAGCAUCUUAUUCAACAGCAGCAAGCAGAACAACUAGCGCAAUAUCAAGAAAAAGAGCGAUUUGCUCAAGAACAUAUAGCUCAACAAUUACAAGAAAAAGAGCGUUUGGUUCAAGAACAACUAGCUCAACAACAACAAGCUUUAGAAAAUGAAAGAAAACAACAAGAAUUGCUAGCCAAACAGAAAGAAUUGGAACGACAGAUGCUGGAUAAAGAACGAUUAAUUCAACAACAGGAAAAACAAGAUGCAAAUAAAUCAAACUGUUCAGAAAAAAAUGAAGUAAUCAAAGAGACCGAACCAGAAAAUUUAAUGGAAGAAAAGAAGAUUGAUAAUUCUGUGGAUGAAAAAAAAGAGUUGGUAACGGUGAAGGCUGAAGAAACAUCUGAACAGAUUCCCGUCAAAGGAGAUGAACAAUCUGUGCCUGAAAAUCAAAAUACAAAUGGCCUUCUAACCCCUACUGAUAAAUCAGAUGAAUGUAUUUUGAUCAAAGAAAACGAUAAGUCAGAAAUCAUUGAAAAAAAAUUAGCAAAUUUAAAUCUACCAGAUGAUUCAGUAGAGGAAUUAGAUACUAUUGUAAUUGAAAAUACAACAUAUAAUAACAAGCAAAAUAUUGAUCACACAGAAUCAUUAGUCCAGAAAAACGAAAAUGAAUCUGAAGAAAAAAAAGAAGACCCAUCUUCUAAAAUGAUACAAGAAAUCCCUACAGAAACUGAAAUUGUAGUAAAUUCAGAUAAUAAAGAAACUACAAAUGAUGUUCGAUUAACAGCAACAGCGAUAGUUAAUGCUGUUAAAAUUGAAGAAGUUUUAAAUAAGACAGAGGACAUAGUGAACAGUCAAAGUGAAAUAGACUCGAAUUUGAAGGAGUGUAGUGUAAUUGAAGAAGCAGCUGCUUAAGAAUAGUACUUAACAGCUACGAAAUUUUGCAUCUUUAAAUUAUACACCUAGAAAUCGUAUGUUAUUUAACUUUUGAUUAUGAGUUUAAAACUUAAAGAUUUUUAUUAGGAUGCAUUAACAAAUGUCAGACAAUACUUCUAUAUUUUUUUAUCGUUCACUUUUGAGAUAAAAUUUUUUUUUUAUUGAAUUGAUUAAUUUUUUUUUGGAAAA